GAAAACGGUAAAACCCAUUUGUGUGCUUCAUAUGAAAUAUUCUGUUGAUCACGAAUCUUAAAGUGGAUUGAGACACCAUCCAUCGAUGGUUUAAUCACCAAGUUAGCAAAACAUUCACAGGAUAUUUAUGUUGUAACCCAAAAUGCUUCGAGUUUGUUCUGAAGGUGUUAAAAGUCAAAUAAUAAAAUAAGACACUGGGUUUUUUCUUCUGGUACCUUGUUGCUGCUUCAUGCGAAACUUCCAAAAAUGACUGACGGAGAACAGAGGCACCGCGUCGUGUUGCUGGGAUGUUGUAAAGUCGGCAAAUCCGCCAUACUGACGCGAUUUCUAACGCACACGUUCGUGGAAUCUUACAAAGAGACAGUGGAGGACCUGUUUUGUCGCGACUUCGAAAGUCACGGGACGACUAUUAGAGUGGAUUUUCUAGACACCGCGGGAAAUAACGAAUUUCCCGUCAUGCGUAAGCUAUCGAUCACAACUGCCCAUGCGUUUGUUCUGGUCUAUUCGAUCACGAGCGAGAAAUCGUUCGAGGAGAUGAAGAAGAUUUGGGAACGGAUCAAAGAGGAGAGGAGCAACUACCAGGAUCUACCGUGCGUGGUGGUGGGCAACAAGCUGGACUUGGAAAACAACAGGGAAGUGGAGAAAUUCGACGCGCUCAACUGGAUCUACAGCGAGGGUUUUAGCGGAGGCUUCAUCGAAGUGUCGGCGAAGAACGAACAGUCGAACGUCUCCGACAUCUUCCGUCUUCUCUUGGAACAGUCGAGGGGCACCCAGGAGCCGGAGUGUCUGUCCCCAAGGCGGAUGAGUCUCGGGGAGACGGACGACGAGAAGGCGGAGAAGGCCGAGAAGACGCAGGAGUGGGACAGUGACGCUAUUAAGUUCAAUCGAAGUAGGAGCUUGAUCAGGAGGGUGAGCAAGCCCAGGGUAAGACGGACGUGGCAUCGUGGUCACCACAACAAGGAGAGUCACGAUGACUGUACGAUAUCUUGAGGUGAUGGUUGUCUUCAUUUUAGAGAAAGAGAAAAAAAAAGAAACCCCAAACCCAACAAUUAAAAAGACAAUAAUUAAUUUUAAUGAAUUUAUUCUGUUUCGUUGUACGUUUUCACACUUGGAUUUAUAGAUUCUUCCAGCCCAGAUUAGAGGAGCGGGAGAUUGUAAUAUAGCUUUCAUGACCGUUUGAGAUCUGAAUUACGCAUUUUACAAAGUUUGCUAAGAUGUCAAAACAUAUCUUGUCAAAGAUAGUCAAACGUAUGUUAAAUGGCCACUAAAGGAAGUGUCAAAAGUGUCCUUACAAGCCAGUUAGCUGUUCGUAUAGAUCAUUAUACCGUACUUCUCUAUGGUAUAGAAUAACAUUAAAUCGGUAGAUGAUGGUUGGUGGUUGCUUAACGGAACUGGUGACUUGCGGAUGUGUAGAAGCGAUGGAAAAUACUUUUCUAGUGUCGGUCGAAUCACUCGCGCAGGUUCUACCCUUGUUAUUUUUCCUUUACUUUAAUCACAGAUAAGGUUUCUAUGAGAUUCAUGUUAAUGAAUCUGGAGCCAAUUUCACUAAACAUCAUAAAUGCACGCCUGCGAAUAGCAAUUAUACCAGCCAAACAUUUACAUGCGCUUGUCAUCUAUUUCAUGCAGAAAAUGACAUCUUAUGGAAGACAUAUCAUUUUAAGAACUAAUAAAAAUGAAAUAUGUAUGCUUCAAUCUAUAUUAGUUGUACUGUUAGUAGUAAUAAGAAUCGUGGAUUAGUCGUAGAUUUACGUUGACGUGCAAAAGCAGGCUUACGAUGUUUUGUGAAAUUGGGCCCUGAUUUCUAGUUAUUAGGUCUAAAAUUUGCAUCAACGAUUAUUGCACGCACAGUAGUCUCGCUAUGCAAUUAUUAUUCUGCAAUGUGUUUUCACAAAAACGGCUUUGUCGCCAUCCGUGACAACAAUUCUGUAAAUUAUCCUGAGAUUGUCCGUGACAGGUCUACUCAUUUUCAUUAAUAAGAUACUUUGGUUUCCAGUGAGUUGAUCUGCAAGAAUGGUCGCCAUAGAAACAAAGCUCUGAGCUCUUGGGAUGCUGUGAUUCUGAAGUUAAGGACUUUGAACACGGAAUUGGUGUUACGCGUACAUUAGACCCAUGUUAAUAUUCCCGGCGGUUAUACAACAUUCACUUAAUUGCAAAGCAUACCAGUCUGUACACGAAACUGAAUUGCUAUUAAGACUGAUUUAUUAUUAGUUCAAGAGCUAGAAGUGACCAAGUAUUUGACGGACAUUUUUUAAAAGACCUUGUUCUAGGCUUUUCAGAAAGUCAAUUAAUAAGCUUUGCGAGCAAUGGAAAAUAUCACAUGUAGAGGUAAAAGGUCAGAUA